AACACCCAUGGAAAGUAUGCUGCAGGGAGCUCUUCAUAACACAGCUGCCUCGUUGCGCAGCUCAGCUGAUUUAGAUUUUCCAUCCCGCUCAUGUUCUGGUGGGGGAGAGGAUGGUAGUUAUGUGUUAUAGAUUAUACAUGCCCAAAAGGAAUGUGUCGGAAAGGAGCAGGCUGAGGUCGGUAAAACUGAGUUUAGGCUCUAGUCGGCAGUGACACACAUUUUCCAGCCCUUGUGCUCGUGGUUAGAGUGGAGAUGAGUCAGCAGAGACAACAAGGAAGGAGGACUGUAGUUUCACUCCCUCCCUUUCUGAAAGGGCUGGGCCUGUCACUGUGCUGCUGAGUCUCUUACAUAAAGAGCAGAAAACACGCAUGUGUGCAGUCUUGCUGAGCCUCAAAGACGUUUCAGUAGUUGUGCAGAAACACGAUCUCUACCAGAAGACUUAUUUGGACGACACAGCUUUUUUUUUUUCGUGCUCGAUUAACAUAUCAGCAAUUAUCACAGAUUUUUAUCUCUUUCUGCUGGUUAUGACUGCUGCUAAUUUGUUUUGCCUGUGACUUAUUUCUGUCAUCGAACACUUCGUAUCAGCCACAGCCUUGACUUCAACAAACGGCGAAAAGAGGAAGAUCGAAGAGAAAGAACAUUUUCCCCUAACAAGAAACUUGAAGACUAGGAUUUAUUUCUGAUCCAGAUCUCAUUCCGCUCUCACGCUGGGGAAGGCAAAACGGACCCCUUUCCGAUUCCUCACUUCUCAAGUCCUCUGCAGGAUUCGGCGAGCAUCCAUCAUGCACCUUAAAACCAUGAAGUGCAACCCCUUCUGCCUUAUCGCAUCCCUAGAGGAUCUGGAUAUGUUUAACAGACCUGAGGCCAGGGCUAGUUUCGAAGAGCUCUUCCGUGCCUUUGAUGCCGAAGUUACCUUUCAGUUCUUCAAGAGCUUCAGGCGAGUGAGAAUUAACUUCAGCAAUGCUCUGGCAGCCGCAGAGGCAAGAGCAAGACUUCACAAGAGCGACUUCAACGGCUCAGAGAUCCGACUUUAUUUUGCCCAGUCGGUACAUAUAGGAAGUGCACGACUGGAGCCUCCCAAACCAGACAAACAGUUCCUUCUCUCUCCACCUCCAUCUCCUCCGGUGGGAUGGGAACAAGCUCAGGAUCCCACACCUGUCAUCAACUAUGACCUUCUCUGUGCCAUCGCCAGGCUUGGCCCAGGGGAAAAAUACGAGCUACACUCUGGAACCCCAACUACCCCCAGUGUGGUGGUGCACGUGUGCGAGAGUGAUCAAGACAGCUCUGGUGCUGAGGACGAUAUGGACAGCUUCAGACGGCCACGACCCAAAAUCAUCCAGACCCGGCGUCCAGAUUACAGCUCCUCCAUCACCCAGUGAGCACGAGGAGUAUAUCCUUGUGCUGUAAAGUUUGUUUUUCUGUUCCGGACUGUCAGGUGUGCAGGUGGUCUGUCCCCUUAAAGGAAGCAUUCAGUCAGAGCUCCCCCCUCCAGAGAAUGACACAUUACAUCUGCACUGUCUUUCAAGGGGAAAGCGAGUUUAUUGCAUGCGUUUGUUGAUAAAGUGGCUCAUUUCUCCACAUUUAAAGGUCAAGAGGGUUUUACAGAGGGUUUCCAUUGAUGUCUAUGGCUACCGAGAACAAAAGCCUCCUGUUGUGGCUUUAUUUAUUUCCUUUAAUUUUGCAAAGCAUGUUUUAGGGCAGUGCACGCUGCAUUUUUAUGACUGUUGUCGUGGUUUUUGUUUUUGUUUGAUCAAUAGCCUCGAUCCUACACAAGAUGUUUUCUUUAAUACUGACAUCAGUGGAAACGUGAGGCAUUAAUACAAAGCUUUUGUAUAAACGUUUGUUAAUCUUAUGUUGAUUUUGAACAUUUGUGGUAAUAGGGUUUUUUUUUUGUUUUGUUUUUUACUCCAUAUGUUGGAAUGACAAAGUGAAAAAUACAGAUUUAAUUUAGGAAGUCUCAAAAGCGUUAUUAAGCAUUAACCACUCGUUUACCGCUAAAUUGACAAAACGUUUUUGGUCAGUAGGAAUGAAAUGUUUAUCGGUUAUCCUGACAUGCUAUCUUGAUGAUGAUAUUUGUAUGGAAAUACCAUGUCAUGGCUGAAAUUUGCAUUAAUUUCCUUCGACCAUAACACUGUAAUACAAUCCGUUUUAAUAAGGGACAAUAUUUCUGCCCUUUAUAAGGAUUUGCACAGGUAACAUUUGGUACAUGGUAAAAGUCAUUGUAGUAAUGUCUGCUUGGUACAGCCUGUUCAUGUUGUUGACUGUGUAUGUACGUUUACCUCAUUGUAACGUCUUAACUGUCUGACUGUUUAAAAAUCUGAAAGAAUCUGCUCAGUUUUCACAAAGAUGUUGACUCAGUACUGGAUGUAUGUAUUGUGAUUUGUACCUUAACAACCAAAAUAAUAAAUCAUUACUUUUGACUUGUA